UUUUGGAUGCUUUUUGUAGUAACACGAGUAUCAUUUUAUGAAAAUAUUUGCAAAACGUAGUUUUAAUACUUAACAGUGAAGAGGCCUCAUUGCCAUUCCUCAACUUCCUUUUGAUUUUUCUAAAGAAAAAAAAAGUAUACGUCAAAUUAUUAUUAUUAUUAUUAUUAUUAUUAUUAUUAUUAUUAUUAUUAUUAUUAUUAUAUGCAGCAUAGUUUUUUUGAUAAUAUUAUAUGCAGAUGUUCUGUUCCAUAUUUUCCUGAAUUUCGGGGAUUUUGAAUUUCAGCAGUUUUCUUCUCCCUAUAACUGCAAUCACGAUUCUCGAUCCAAAGAGAUUCUGCAUCUGGCGUUCCAGAUUUCAACAAUGUCGGCGCAUGUAGCGAUAGAGACGACAUCCACGACGCCAAGGACCGCGAGCGGCGGAAAGAGCCGCGUCGGCGAAACCACGGGCGACUGCGCGGCGGUGUGCUGCUGCUGCCCGUGCGCGGUGGUGCACCUCCUCGUCCUCGCCGUCUAUCGCCUCCCCGCCGGCAUCUGGAGGAAGCACCGGAGAAAGAGGCUCCUCUCCAAGACAACCGACAACAAACUGGAGAUCAAUCGGCGGCAGUCGGCGGCGGACGAGCGCGGCGGCGAAUGCAUGCACGGCGGAGAAAAUUACGACGCCGUCGGAUGGGAUAAUGAGAUGUGGCGCCGGUUUUAUUGGGGCGGCUUCUGGCGGAGCGAUUCGAGGGGCGCCGAUGAUUGAUCAAUUCAUGUUCAUGUACAUAAAAUAAAACUUACUUCAAUUUCUUGUGUAGAUAAUGAAUUUUGAAUUAUAGUGUUAAACUUGUGAGGCCUCAAA